GCCUCGUUCUUGAUAUGUUUUCCUGUAACGAAAACUGACAGUUCGGCAAACUAAAAAAGAAUGGUGUCCCUUCACAUACUAGGACGGACUCGAGCAUAACCUCGAAAUCCAAGAUGGACAUGUCCGCAGAUAACCCGUUCGCGGAUCUCAUGACGAAAGCUGUCAAGCUGAAAGGUGCUCAGCAAGCCCAGCUACGGACUCAAUACGAUUCAUGGCCGCAGUACUUCCAGCACUCGCUAUUCAUGCAGGAAUCCGUUGUGACCGUUCGUUCCAAGCCUUUUCCUGAACGAAUCGCUGACGCUGAGGACAUGAAAGCAGCAGGGAAUGCUCAUUUCAAUGCGGAAGCGUUCGAAGAAGCGGUGGCUGAAUACGAAAAGGCAUUGGCAGUGUUCAAGUACCUGGAAAACAAGGAUCCUGGAUGGAAGAAGAAAGGGAUUGAAGACGGUGAUAUGCUGAUCACCGAUUUCAAGUGCGCUGAUCCUGAGGAUCAAAAGCAACUGGAUGCACUGAAAGUAUCCUGCUACUUGAACAUCGCAGUGGCUAAGUUCAAACUGAAAGAGCAUCCUGUUUGUAUCCGGGCAUGUGACGACACGCUUGAGCUUGACCCUAAAAACGUAAAGGCUUACUACAGGCGAGCACAAGCUCUCAUCACGCCUGCUUCAUCCGGAGCUCUGGAGUUUGAUCGAGCUAUCUCGGAUCUACAAAAGGCAUAUGCGAUCGAUCCUGAAAAUCGAGGAGUGCGGAAACUGCUUCGAGAACUGCUGGAGCAGCGAACAAAGCAGCGAGCUCUUGAUAAAGAAACCUUCAGUGGAAUGUUCAACAGAGGCCAAGUGUACGACGAAGAUUCAACGAAGAAAGACGCCGAGCUUGAUGAAGCCGCUCGCGAAGAGGAGUUCCAGCAAGAGAUUGAAGAAGCUGAAGCCCUUGCACGGGGUUUUGAAGCACAAGGCAAGACCGAAUACGCCAAGGAAAUUAGAGACAAAAUCACGCAAGCUCAAGAAGUUCGCAGCCGUCGACUAAAAUGUGUCGACUUUUUCAAUCCGACACCCGCAAUGAUCGCAAACGCGAAGGAAAAUGGAAUUGAUCUGACGGACCGGAAUGUCCAGCAAAUGCUGCAUGACCUUCAAGAAGAAGAGCGAAGUAAAACUUCAGGGAAGCAAAGCGAAUCCAAUCUAUCUCCUUCCAGUGCAGUUGAGUCCGUGGAUUCGCUUCUCAAGUCCAUGUCCAACACUGAGAUCGCUCAACUUCUUAGUCGAGAAGGAAUCGAUUAUCACAAAAUUUCGGAUCGCGAGCAGUUUCUCGAGACAGCGAGACAAGUUCUACUGUCCAAACUCGACAAUACGAAGCCUACCAAGCCUUCGUAUGCACGUACAAUUGUGCUGCUCGCUGUAGCGUGGACUCUGCUGCGUCUGUACACAUCAGGGGGUCUCUCUGUUCUAGGUCGAGUCGCCAUGAACGCCAUCACCGGCAAUGAUCAGAGCAGCGUGGUCCAAACAACUAAAGUCACGGACAUCUUCGACGACGACUAAGGCAGCACUAGUAGUUCCUACAAAGACAACACGAAAAUCUUGGUG